GCCGCCGCCGGACAACGGGCUCUUGUGGUUCGGGUCAGCUUUCGUCGUCGUGUUGCUGCUUCUGCCGCCGCCGCUCGCGCCCCCGCUCCGGUCUGUGGUGCCGCCGGGACCCAGGACCAUGUCGCUGACUCGCUCAGAGGAGAUGCACCGGCUCACGGAAAAUGUCUACAAGACCAUCAUGGAGCAGUUCAACCCUAGCCUCCGGAACUUCAUCGCCAUGGGGAAGAAUUACGAGAAGGCGCUGGCAGGUGUGACGUACGCAGCCAAAGGCUACUUUGAUGCCCUGGUGAAGAUGGGGGAGCUGGCCAGUGAGAGCCAGGGCUCCAAAGAACUCGGAGACGUUCUUUUCCAGAUGGCUGAAGUCCACAGGCAGAUCCAGAAUCAGCUGGAAGAAAUGCUGAAGUCUUUUCACAACGAGCUGCUCACGCAGCUGGAGCAGAAGGUGGAGCUGGACUCCAGGUACCUGAGUGCUGCGCUGAAGAAAUACCAGACUGAGCAAAGGAGCAAAGGCGACGCCCUGGAUAAGUGUCAGGCUGAGCUGAAGAAGCUUCGGAAGAAGAGCCAGGGCAGCAAGAAUCCUCAGAAGUACUCGGACAAGGAGCUGCAGUACAUCGAUGCCAUCAGCAACAAGCAGGGCGAGCUAGAGAAUUACGUGUCCGACGGCUACAAGACCGCGCUGACGGAGGAGCGCAGACGCUUCUGCUUCCUGGUGGAGAAGCAGUGCGCUGUGGCCAAGAACUCCGCGGCGUACCACUCCAAGGGCAAGGAGCUGCUGGCGCAGAAGCUGCCGCUGUGGCAACAGGCCUGCGCUGACCCCAGCAAGAUCCCAGAGCGCGCCGUGCAACUGAUGCAGCAGGCGGCCAGCAACGGCGCCACCCUCCCCAGCGCCCUGUCGGCCUCCAAGUCCAACCUGGUCAUUUCGGACCCCAUUCCGGGGGCCAAGCCCCUGCCGGUGCCCCCUGAGCUGGCACCGUUCGUGGGGCGGAUGUCUGCCCAGGACAGCACACCCAUCAUGAACGGCGUUGCCGGCCCGGAUGGCGAGGACUACAGCCCGUGGGCCGACCGCAAGGCUGCCCAGCCCAAGUCCCUGUCUCCUCCGCAGUCUCAGAGCAAGCUCAGCGACUCCUACUCCAACACACUCCCCGUGCGCAAGAGCGUGACCCCAAAAAACAGCUAUGCCACCACUGAGAACAAGACUCUGCCUCGCUCGAGCUCCAUGGCGGCCGGCCUGGAGCGCAAUGGCCGCAUGCGGGUGAAGGCCAUCUUCUCCCACGCUGCCGGGGACAACAGCACCCUCCUGAGCUUCAAGGAGGGUGACCUCAUUACCCUGCUGGUGCCUGAGGCCCGCGAUGGCUGGCACUACGGAGAGAGUGAGAAGACCAAGAUGUGAGUGUCUCUCGGGGGCGGGUUCCAGGCAGCUGCUGCCUGCAGCAAGUGUGUGGGGCAGCGA